AAUUGUAAAGUAAAAGAUUUCAUUACUAAAAAAUUUUUCUAUGGUUUAAUUGGGAAAUAUGAUUAAUCUACUUUUUCGUUAAUAAAACAAUAAUUUCGUUAGAAAAUAAUUUCAUUAAAACUUUCAUGUUUUAGAACCACCUUAUCUGAUUAUUUAUAUGUAUGUAUGAAUUCUGUAUCUGAGUGCUGAAGGGUAGGUAGGCAUAAUCGAAUGUUUACUCCCUUAUCACGCGGCGGUAGCUGGUGGAAGAAAGUCGCUCUCCAUCAAGUACAGUUUUCCAAUUGGAAAUUUCACCAGCAAGGUAACAAAAAUAAGCAUGUGUACGGGGAAAUAAUCGUUGUUUGUGCACGUAUACAUAUGUGUGUGUGUUCAUUUAAAGGCGAAAACAACCUCAACCGCGCCACGCAAACGCACGCAGUGCUGCGCUGUGUCAGCCAAAAAUUGGUGGCGGCAGGAAAACGGCGCAGUGCAUAGCCAGCCAACAAUAGCGCACACAAGCCGCUACCGUGUGCGUCCGCGUCCGUGGCCAAGUGAGUGCAUUUGAGUCAUUCACCCUGAAACCCAUGCGCUGUAGAACCAACGCUGUGAGUCUUUGAGCUGCGCUGUGCCGUGCUGCGCUGCAAGUGUUCUAGAUAUUGAUUUUUCGUUUGCGCGUGGCUAGUUUGCUUUUUCGGUGCUCAUAAAAGUGAGUGAAGAUACACACGCAGGCACACAAACUCAUACAAAUAUAAAAACCUACAAAUGAGCAUACAAACGCGUCUAAAUAAAAAUCGACCAUAUUUCACAAAAACACACAUCCCCACAUAGAUACACACACUAUUUUGCUUUGCUGUGAGUGGGCUUGCUACUUAGCUGAUUGAAUUGUUUUGUAGCAGGCAAUGCAUUGGCGCUGUGGGAGAUGCUCUCCGCAUACCCCCCUCAUUUCGUGCUUGUAAAAAUAUAUGCGGAAAUAUCGUAAGUGAUGUUUUUCUGUUUAUAAUCUUCAAACAAGAAUAGCCUAAGGCGGUGCACAUGAGCAGUGCAAGUCAACAAAAAAGCCAAAAACAAUGAAACUAACGUGCUCGCCACGGCUAGAUAUUUUAUUUAAAUCGUUUCAAAUAUCUUAAAAUAGAAAAUACUCAAAAUUCUUGACGUAAAUUAAAGAAAUGGCAAUUUACCAAAAUGAAAGAUUCGGUUAGCUAUAUUUGCUGAGUAUGCGGCGCAGACAGUAUUAAUUGGCUGGAAGAGUUGCCUGCAUAGCAUUUGCGCAAUAUGCAUGUUGUAUCCACGGGCCAUGUGCAUACUUUUAUCAUAUAUGUAAAUACAUAUUAUGUACAUAUGUAUGAAAAAAGUAUGGACCUUCGUGUGUUUUCCAAGUUGCAUAAGCUGAUUUUGAUUACUCUCCGUUAUGUCUGUAUAUAUGUAUGUUUGUAGCUGCCUUUAUUUGGCUCGUGUCCAGAGAAUAAUUGCUGCAUGUGUCUCGUUCAUAAAGCACUUGCAACUGCAGGUAGACACACAUACAUACAAUUGUAUGUGUGUGUUUGUACGUGUCUCUCACCUACCACCGUACAACGCGUCGCGCAAGCUUAAAGCACAUGUGACACCCAGCGGGAGUGGAUGGCACGGAGCGGUCAGCCGCACGAGCGCCUUAAGGGUGCAGUGCAUGCGCCAUUGCCUUAUGUAUGCUAUGAGGGUUGUUAACUGGGGUGGGUGGUAGUGGAAUACAAGUAGUCACCGACUCCGCUACGUCACUUCGCUUUAUAUCGCACAGCGUCGGCCGCAGCAGCGACACAGCAGCCGUUCUGUGAGAGCCGAUGUGCGGCCGCGCUAGCAAACGACCGACUGACUUCUAUGCUGACGCAUGACAAUAUUGAUUUUUCCACCUUUUCCAGUCAGUUUUGUGCGCUUGUAUGCGCCGUCGCUCAGUCUGUGGGGUGGUUCGUCGUUGUGUGGAAGUCUUUGAAAUUCGGUUGUCACGCCAGUGCGUUUGCGUUAAAGAUUUGUGUGAAAUGUUAAAACAAUGGUGAAAUGAGUUUGUGCGCAGUUCAAAAACGCACAUUUAAUUAAAUUUGAAGAAAGCAAUGCCACUGUUUUAUAUUAAAUUCAAUAAUUUUAUAUAAAUAAUCAAUGGAUUGUGGCUGCCAGCGUUCGUAAAGAAAAGAAAAUCGACCACUGUAUUCAGUUCGUCCUUGAAGAACUAAUUUAAACUAACGUCACCAUACUGCGGGUAUGACGUAUUUGCAAAUGCCACUCCACGUGUAGUCACUCAGUGAAACAGUGGAAACCUAAACCAAAGAAAGGGCCAGGAGCCCAUUAAAUAAAAUAGCUGUAAAUUAAGUAUAUAGAAUAAGAAUUGUAAAGUAAUCGAGUAACUGAUUAAUUAAGAAAGCGAAAGAGCGAAAGCUAAAAUGAAUGUGACCUCCGUUUCAACCGGCACCAGCACGGGCACCAUCAAUGCUACCCAACAGACGACCAAAACAUAUAAAAUCGAAAUGCUGGAUGAUGGCCAACUGAGCAUGGCAUCAGACGAUGACGACGAUGAUUUGAUAAACAGCGAUGAUAGUAUUUACGAUGACGCUGAUCUGGCACAUAUAACUGUGCAAGAUGAUGUGGCCAAUCAAUUGGCCGCAGCCGGUCCGGUGGGAGUGGCAGCUGCAGCGGCUAUUGCAUCGUCGAAGAAACGAAAACGCGCACACUCGUUCGAGACGAAUCCGUCGGUCCGUAAACGACAACAAAACCGUUUAUUGCGAAAACUGCGUGGUAUAAUUUACGAGUUUACCGGACGGGUGGGCAAACAGGCCGUGGUGCUGGUGGCUACACCCGGUAAACCGAACACAAGCUACAAAGUAUUUGGUGCCAAACCGCUGGAGGAUGUGGUGCGCAAUCUAAAGAACAUUGUAAUGGAUGAGUUGGAAAAUGCACUGGCACAGCAAGCGCCGCCACCACCGCAAGACGAUCCCUCGCUCUUUGAGCUACCACCCUUAAUUAUUGAUGGCAUACCAACGCCAGUAGAGAAAAUGACACAGGCUCAGUUGCGCGCGUUUAUUCCGCUCAUGCUGAAGUAUUCGACUGGACGCGGUAAGCCCGGUUGGGGACGGGAAUCCACACGACCGCCUUGGUGGCCCAAAGAGUUGCCUUGGGCAAAUGUACGCAUGGACGCGCGCUCCGAAGAUGACAAGCAGAAGGUGAGAAUAAGCUGGACACAUGCGCUGCGAAAAAUUGUUAUCAAUUGUUAUAAAUACCAUGGAAGAGAGGAUCUGUUGCCAACUUUUGCUGACGAUGAAGAUAAGAUCGAAAUGCUGGAUGGCGAGGAGGACGAUGAAAUGGAUGAACAUGAACCCACGACAACAUCAACAACAAUACAGACGGUGGCUAAUGCCUCAACAAAUACAACAAACCAAGUAAAUGUUGUAAAGAUCAACAGUGCUGGCACCGUUAUCUCGACGCACACGGCCAACGCGCAAGCACAAGGCAACGCUGUGCCAACAAUCAUCCAAAGCACCAACAACCAACACAUAACAACCACCGCAACGCUUCCAGCCUCGACUAAGAUCGAAAUUUGCACAGCACCGGUACAAACGGCCAGUCAGGCGUCACAGGUACAACAACAGGCCAAUGCUGCCGCCGCACAGAGUAUUGCAAACGCGCAGGUUUGCAUCGAACCGCUGACUUUGGGCGAUGUUGAUUACACCACGCAUUCGGUGCUAUCGAGCAUACAAAAUGCUGACGGUACAGUGUCUUUCAUUCAGGUGGACCCGAAUAACCCAAUAAUCACCUUACCCGAUGGCACAACCGCGCAGGUACAAGGUGUAGCCACCCUGCAUCAAGGCGAGGGCGGUGCUACUAUACAGACUGUACAAAGUCUAGGCGAUGUCAAUGGUCAUGAAAACAUGACUGUGGACUUGACAGAGGCGACUGUGGCGCAAGAUGGUCAGAUUUAUAUAACAGCUGAAGAUGGUCAAGGUUACCCAGUUUCGGUGAGCAACAUGAUAACAGUGCCAGUCUCCGCGUCUAUGUACCAAUCCAUGAUGGCCAACAUACAGCAGAUCCACACGAACGGUGACGGCACAGUGUGCAUCACACCGAUGCAGGUAGAUUCUCAUGCCAAUAGUAGUAAUAGUAGAAGCAACAACCACAACAGCAACAACAUUACCAACAAUAGUAGAAACCAAUUUCAAUGUUAUACCUUAACAGCAGCACCGGGUGGGCUGGGCGCACGCCUCAUUGCGACUGCGCCAAAUGCAGCCUUGCCUUCGACAGCCAAUCAAAGCCAAACAAAUUUAGCUAAUAACAAUGCUACGAAUUGCCAAAUAUUUAAUCAGUGUAAUUUAAGUAAUAAUACAUCUAGUCAAAUUAGCCGCGCCGACCACAGCCAGCACCAACCACAAAGGCAACAACAAUUGCAAGCCAUUCCCGGAGCAGCGAAAAUCUACAUUAACACCGCCAGCUUCGCAACUAUAAACAACAACAACUCUUUAAACACGAAUAACAACAAUAAAUACGGGAAUUUAGCCACAGCUGCUGCGGUAGUGCCGCUGUCAUUGCCAAUUAUGGUGGCCACGGCCGGUGUGCCUGCAGCCACAAGCAGUGCAAAUAGCAACGGUACGGACGGUGCCGAAGUGGCUGCUGGUGGGAGUGGUGCGCAUGCGAAUUCCACAAGAGCGAUGGGCAAAAAGAGCGCACAGAAACGGCGUAAACAAACUUUUGCCAAGGCGCCACCUGUUAAACUCGAGCGGUGUGCAGCCGACACACUGCUACAGAGCAGUAUAAAUUUUAUCGAGGAUGUCGUGGAUGGUCAAACGACAAACGGUGCGCGCGAUAAUGACAAUGGCAUCAAUGGUGAAGGCGUUGGUGGUGCUGGUGAUGGUAGAGGCUCAGAGGCAAAUAUGAAUAUAUUAGGAGUAGUACCAGGGAAAAUUAUAAAAACUGAAAACUUAGAAAACUAAUGUAAUACAAAUGCGUAGGAUGGAAAGGAGCGCGUAAACAUA